AUUUGCAACACAUAGCUGUGGCCAAAAAGCUGUUUACUGUAUAGUUUGAUCCUUUGCACCAAUACUACUAUUUCAUUUGGCAACACGCUGUAUCUGCUGAGUUAACCAACAUUUCACAUUAUAUUUCAUAUUUGCUCACACUCGAAACAUGGGAAUACUAAACUGUUUCAGUAAACGUAAAGAUUCUAUCAAAAAUGAUACUAAGGAUGAUGUCGUCGAACGAGGAAAUUGGUCAGGGAAAUUUGAGUUCAUACUGUCCUGUCUUACAUACGCAGUUGGCCUGGGUAAUAUAUGGCGGUUCCCCUAUCUAUGUUACAGGAAUGGCGGUGGAGCAUUUCUGAUUCCAUAUUUGAUGUUCGUUGCACUUUGCUCAAUGCCACUAUUCUUCUUGGAAGUGGCAUACGGGCAAUUUGGCAGUCUAAGUCCUCUAGCAGUAUGGAAAAUGAGCCCACUCUGUAAAGGUAUAGGAUACGGCGUUGUUGUUCUUGGGACAGUGUCGAACAUCUAUUACAUCGUGAUUGUAGCCUGGGCAUUCUAUUUCGUCAUCGCAUCAUUUACUUGGACGCUCCCGUGGAUUACUUGUAAUAACUCGUGGAAUACGCCCCAGUGUACUUCUAGAAUUAUGGUGAACAGCACAUCGAACAAUACAGCUGAGUACGCAAUAAACAAUAUCACAGGGUAUAACUUUAGCGGAAAUGUAAAUAUAUCACUUGAUGGCGUUGGGAAUGGAAGCACUCUAGUGAACACUUCACUAAGACGAGUAACCCCCAGUGAAGAAUAUUGGAGUCGAUAUGUACUCGAUAUAACUGACGGGAUAGAAGAUAUUGGUUACGUCCAGUGGAAGCUGCUGCUUUGCCUUGCCGCUGUCUGGCUGAUUGUGUUUCUCUGUGUCAUUAAGGGUAUCAAGACUUCUGGCAAAGUGGUUUACUUCACGGCUACCUUUCCUUACCUAAUACUCACAAUCCUGUUGAUACGUGGUGUGACACUCCCUGGAGCAGCAGAUGGUCUGAGGUACUACCUCAUUCCCAAGUGGGAAAAACUUGGCAGCUUUAAGGUCUGGGGAGAGGCAGCGCAGCAAAUUUUCUUUUCGUCCGGUGUAAGUUGCGGUGCCUUGGUUACUAUGGCAAGCUAUAACAAGUUCAACAACAAUAUUCAGAGAGACGCCAUUUUCAUCCCAAUCAUGAAUGCUUUCACUAGUCUAUAUGCUGGUUUUGUGAUCUUCUCUAUUGUUGGAUUCAUGGCUCACCAAACUGGAGAAAGCAUUGAUAAUGUUGUAACUCAGGGUCCUGGACUUGCUUUCGUAGUUUACCCAGAGGCAGUCGCCAAUCUCCCGGCUGCUCCUGUGUGGUCCGUGUUAUUCUUCACAAUGCUGCUAACGGUCGGUGUGGGCAGUCAGUUUGCAAUGGUCCAAAGCAUAGCUGCGUCCAUAACUGACGAGUUCAAAUUGACAAACAAGAAAACACUUGUGACAGCAAUUCUCUGUGCAGUGAAGUUCCUUAUCGGCAUUCCUUUGGUUACGCGGGGUGGAAUGUACGUACUACAAGUUAUGGACUGGUAUGGUUUUUCGUUCGGCGUAAUGGUUCUAGCUUUCUCCGAAUGUAUUGCAGUGGCAUGGAUAUACGGCAUAGACCAGUUUUCGAAGGAUGUUCAACUAAUGCUUGGCUCAAAAUUGUUCAUUUGGUGGAAAACAUGCUGGCGAUUUAUCACUCCUGGACUUAUAUUAUUUAUAUUCUGCUUCAUAAUAAUCAGCCACGUACCCGUGACAUAUGGGGAUUAUACGUAUCCUAGAUGGGCAAUUGGUGUAGGAUGGAUGUUGGCCCUUUUAUCUAUACUACCAGUGCCGAUAUAUUCUUGCUAUCGUAUAUUUACUACAGUUGAAGGAAGUCUCUUACAACGUAUACGAUUCCUGAGAAUGCCUGAACCAAGCUGGGGCCCAUCGCUUGAAAAAGAUAGAGAAUUGUAUAUCGGGACAUUGAGUCCGCAAAGAAAACGACAUGUUUUGGGUCAUAUAGACUUGAACAGGAUUUAAUUCGUUUACCUUUCUAGGCAGCAUUAUCCACAGGAUGGGACUUUUCCUACAUACAUUCAAUCCAAUCUUAGUUGAAUAUUGUCUAAUCAUUAAUUCGGAUAACCAAGAAUCUCAUUGACUUUAAUAUUUUAUCUUCCCAUGAAACACACGUAUAUAAG